UCCAAGGAACUUGCUAAAUAAGCAAUAAGGCAUCCCUAUCUAAGUUGGAAAAGAUAUAAUUUAGUAUUACAUCCAGAAUUCAUUAAUUCUACUCAGGUGCAUUUUUAAAAAUAGAAUUAUUGUUCUAACAAUUAUCGUUCUGUCACGGCUCACAUACCUACCUAAUAGUUCAUAUUGCAGUAUCUUUUGACCAACAAUUUCAGGUUUUCCUUACUACUUAAUUUUUAUUCUCCCCAGAGCUACAUGUUUUAUCCUAUCAGUCAUCUUUUGCAUAUUAAACAUUUUCAGAAUAGAAUAGUUUAUGAAUAUAGAUCUACAGAAAUUGCUGUUUUCAAAAUUAAUAAAAUGUGUUGCUAUAGUUAUAAAUACAUGAAAAUAACAUUAUUUAAGCAGUAAUACAAAUUACUGUUCUCUGUUUCUCUCUCCUCCCCACCUCCAGUACAUAGAUUGUUGGAUUGAUGCAGAAAGCAGUUACCAGUUUAACAGCAGGUAUAGCACCAAGCAGCCAUGGCCACUCAAUCGUUGGACCCUCCUCCAAAUGCAAGCUGUAAAAUCAUGACUUUUCACCCUACUAUGGAUGAAUUCAGGGAAUUUAACAAAUACUUGGCAUAUAUGGAAUCGAAAGGUGCUCACCGUGCUGGAUUGGCAAAGGUGAUUCCUCCUAAGGAAUGGAAACCAAGGAAGAGUUAUGAUGAUAUUGAUAAUCUGAUGAUUCCAGCUCCAAUUCAACAGAUGGUUACUGGCCAGUCAGGCCUUUUCACUCAGUACAACAUCCAGAAAAAGCCAAUGACUGUGAAGGAAUUUAGACAACUUGCCAACAGUGACAAAUACUGUACUCCAAGAUAUUUAGACUAUGAAGACUUAGAGCGUAAAUACUGGAAGAAUUUAAAUUUUGUGGCACCAAUCUAUGGAGCAGAUAUUAAUGGAAGCGUAUACAAUGAAGAUGUUAAUGAAUGGAAUAUUGCUCAUCUCAACACUAUAUUAGAUAUUGUAGAAGAGGAAUGUGGAAUCUCCAUUGAGGGAGUCAACACUCCGUAUCUGUAUUUUGGCAUGUGGAAAACAACGUUUGCAUGGCACACGGAAGAUAUGGAUCUCUACAGUAUUAAUUAUCUCCAUUUUGGAGAACCAAAAUCUUGGUAUGCUAUCCCUCCAGAACAUGGAAAGAGACUUGAACGACUAGCUCAAGGAUUUUUCCCAAGCAGCUCUCAAGGAUGUGAUGCUUUUCUGCGCCACAAGAUGACAUUAAUUUCACCCUCAAUAUUGAAAAAAUAUGGAAUUCCUUUUGACAAAAUUACGCAGGAGGCAGGAGAAUUUAUGAUCACUUUCCCAUAUGGAUACCAUGCAGGAUUUAAUCAUGGUUUCAACUGUGCCGAGUCAACCAAUUUUGCAACCGUCAGGUGGAUUGAUUAUGGAAAAGUAGCUAAAUUGUGUACCUGCAGGAAAGACAUGGUAACGAUAUCCAUGGAUAUCUUUGUGAAGAAAUUUCAGCCAGACAGAUACCAUCUGUGGAAACAAGGGAAGGAUUUAUAUACAAUUGAUCAUACAAAGCCCACUCCUGAAACAACACCUGAGGUAAAGGCCUGGUUGCAGAGAAGAAGAAAAACAAAGAGAUCUUCCAGCUUCCAGCAUACCCGAUCACGAUCAAAAAAGCUUAAAACUCCAGAGGACAAGAAGGUAUCAACCAUAGUGGUUGGUGCAGAAAUCACAGCCACUGAAGCAGCUACAGAUAGCUUCAAGGUCAAAGAAAAGCCAUCAGAAAAAGUAAAGCCAGUAAACACAGGAGUGCCUUCUGGGGAAGAACAAGACACAAGCAGGAUGCAGAUAGAUCAGAAUUUAUUGGAUAACAAAAAGGUCUCAGGUCAAAACUCUUCAAGCUCACCUCUUAGUCGUAGUUUACCAGUCGGGAAAAUACAAUCUCAAAAUGAGAAAGGAAACCCUCGGUUUUUGCAUUUUUGCUCUCAGGAAUCUGCACUGGCUUUACUUUCAUCUGCUAGUUGUAAUCUGGAAGAAAAUUUUAAAACUUCUUCUGAAGCUGAGAGUAAGGAGAAAGAAGAAACCACCAGUGUAACUGCAGAAGAAAAUGAUAGCAGUGAUGCUGAAAGUAGUGAAAAUGGCUUGGAACCUGGAGAAAUACCACUAGUGACAGAAGGAGAAAGAAUGAAAACAUCAAAAAGCUGGCGUCAUCCACUAAGUACGCCUCCUGCCAGAUCACCUAUGACCGUAGUUAAACAGCAGGCAAUAAGUGAUGAAGAACUGCCUGAGCCUCUCUUGAUUGAAGAGGAAAUACAAGAAACAGAAACUUGGGCCAAGCCUCUCAUCUACCUUUGGCAGAACAGAGUACCAAAUUUCACUGCUGAAAAGGAGUAUAAUGCAGCUGUUGCCAAAUUGGAACCCUAUUGUGCCAUAUGCACACUGCUCAGACCCUACUACAAGGGUGACAAAUCUACUGAAGAAGCCUAUACUUUCUCAGAAACAAAAGAAGGAGAAAUAUUUGUGGCCAGCGAAAAGACAAAACCACUUAUCCCAGAGAUAUGUUUUAUAUAUAGUGAGGAGAACACUGAAAACUAUCCAUCUAAUGGCUUUAUUGAAGAAGAUGGAACAAGUCUGCUGAUAUCCUGUGCAAAGUGUUGUGUACAGGUCCAUGCAAGUUGCUAUGGUGUUCCUUCCCAUGAAAUCCAUGAUGGAUGGUUGUGUUCUCGAUGCAAAAGAGAAGCUUGGACAGCUGAAUGUUGUCUCUGUAAUUUGAGAGGUGGUGCACUCAAGCAAACUACAGACAAAAACUCCUAGAACCCUGAACCAUUGGGGGUGCUGCUUGGGGCUUCUGAGAGAUGAAGUCUAAAGCAUCGGGAGGACCAAAGAUUGAAAACCACCUAUCUAUCCUAUCUAAUUUUCACUUCUAUC